AGCAGAAGCGAAACCAAUCAGAAGCGAAAACAAGAAAGCGCUUACAGUAACUGAGAGUGAGUCUUUAUUCCGAUUCUUCAUCGGUGAUACACCACAACUCUAACCAUGCCGAUCAGAAACAUCGCCGUCGGAACUCCUCAAGAGGCCACUCACCCUGACACCUUGAAAGCCGGUUUGGCUGAGUUCAUCUCCACCUUCAUCUUCGUCUUCGCCGGUUCAGGUUCCGGUAUCGCAUACAACAAGCUUACCGACAACGGUGCCGCCACUCCCGCCGGUCUCAUCUCCGCUUCCAUAGCACACGCAUUCGCUCUCUUUGUUGCUGUCUCCGUCGGUGCUAACAUCUCCGGUGGACACGUCAACCCCGCCGUCACCUUCGGUGCUUUCGUUGGUGGAAACAUCACCUUGCUCCGUGGUAUUGUUUACAUCAUCGCUCAACUCCUCGGAUCCAUCGUCGCCUCCGCACUCCUCCUCUUCGUCACCGCAUCGUCUGUUCCAGCAUUCGGUCUAUCCGCAGGAGUUGGAGUGGGACCCGCUUUGGUGUUGGAGAUUGUGAUGACUUUCGGUUUGGUGUACACUGUGUAUGCUACAGCCGUUGACCCCAAGAAGGGUAAUAUUGGAAUUAUCGCACCUAUUGCUAUUGGUUUCAUCGUUGGUGCUAACAUUUUGGUUGGUGGAGCCUUCACCGGAGCAUCCAUGAACCCCGCCGUGUCAUUCGGGCCUGCCGUUGUGAGCUGGAGCUGGGCCAACCACUGGAUCUACUGGGUCGGCCCACUUGUCGGUGGUGGUAUUGCGGGGCUUGUCUAUGAGGUUCUUUUCAUUAACAGCACCCAUGAGCAGCUUCCAACCACUGACUACUAGAUGGGAAAUGGAAAUGAAAUUUGCAAUUGUGUAUUAUUGAAUUUUCUUCUGUGCAUGUUUUAAUUUCUUGUGUACUUCUUUUAAUUUACAACUAUUUGGAGGGUCGUUUCUUUUGUGUUGAAAAAUGGUGGCCGUUGAUGUUGGGUUGUACGGGUGUGAUGAUGAUGAAUGGUUAAAUUAUUUUGUACAUGUAUGGCCUAGUAGGUUCUUUGUAGCGGGUUCCACCACUGAAUCAAUGUUAUAAUUUCGGGUCUGGUUGGUUGUAUCA